UAGAAACCAUUCGCUUUCUCUGGACUGUGCUACGUAUCUGUAAUUGUAGUCUAAAUAAGUGGUCAUCACAAGAGGAUUUUGGAAAGUGUACACAGGCAAUGCCAAAAUUCAAAGACGUCGUAGAGAAAUGGCGGAAAACGCCAGAGAACAAAUUCAAACAAAAGGACCGUGAACUCUGUAUCCAAAUUGGCAGUGCCUGCAUUGAUCAAGGAGAGAGUGCCAAGGUACUGGACUUCAUCAAAGAAGAAAAGAACCAGGGUAUAGUCAGGGCUCUGGGUCUUGGGCUGCUACAGCCACUGGUCAAAGAGAUUCUGAAGAGGAAGCAGAACCCUGUGCACUGUGAGGCUGCAGUCACUCACCUAGUGCAGGUUUGUAAACCAAAGGAAGUCUUUGACAACUUGUUUGGACAAUUGGAGGACUGCGAUCCAGGAUUCAUUGGCGAGACAGUUAUAGUUCUCCUCCCACAUCUCCAGACAGUGCUGCUGCAGCUGGGGGAUGGCUGCUGGGGCCCGUGUGUGGGGGCCGUGCUGAAGGUUGCCCAGAGGCAGGUGGCCCGGCUGCCGGUGCCCUACACCAGGCAGCAGGAGAAGAGCGACACGCACGGCCUGUGCAAGUGCUGCGCCGUCCUGCUGGACUUCCUGCGGCCCUUUGUGGUGGAGGUGAAGACGGGCGCUUCUAAGAAAGGAGCAGCAUCUGCUACAAAGGGCCCAGCGAAUGACAGGCUGAGAGAGGACAUAGUCAAAUUUUGCAUGUUGAGCCUACGAGAGCCAUUGCUGCAGGCGAUACUCCAGGAUCCCAGUAGCCCAUUCUGGACCUUUGCCACUGGCAUCAUGGCCAUACUAACUGAGAUCCAUAAGCCCCUACCGGAGCUCCUGUUCAACCAGCCAAUGAGGAGGGGAGAUGAGUUCAUCUCUAAAGCCAGCAGCGACUCUGAAGAGUCUCGUGCCUGUCUCGCCUACCUCCUCUUUGUUCAGCUUAUUGCCAUGGAGACGUUUCCUGCCAUCUUUAGCCCUGUUUAUCUCCUGCAGCGCAACAUGGAGUACGUCAACCUUUUGUCAGCUAGGAAAGAUGAAGCGUGGCUUACAAAAGGCCUGGAUCUGUGUGAGAAGAGUUUGGAACGAGUGGAAGGCUGCAGCCUACCGGUAGAGAUCCUGGAGCUCAGGUCAUUCUACACUGUCCCUCAGAACUUGGUGCAAAUCAUGACUGUUUGUCCAAUGAAGCAUUUGCAAACAAAGGCGCUGCAUGUAUUCCAGCUCUUCAUAGAUAAACUGAAUGGGGAAGCCAAACACAGAUUCUUCAGGUGCAUGAUGAAAACCAGCCAUCAUGCUGGUGUGGAGGGCCAUGUCAUCAAGAACAUCAAGAACCAGGUGGACCCUGCAAAGUGUGGACAGGUGAGCUGUUGGUUCUCAGGGGAGCACCUGCUGUCCCUGCUGCAGAUGGCUGUGUGCGUCCCGAAGGGAGUGGAGACUGACCUGCUGCAUGGCAUGGACAGAGUCAUGGAGUCUCUCAACUUACUCCGUUUCUUGCUUAUCAAAGAGAAGGAAAAAAGUUCUUCAAAGAGCAUGUGGGCAGAGUUGUGUAAGCUGGCUGCCAGCUAUCUGAAGAUCCUGCGUGUCUGCCUCAGCAUGUCCAGGUCCUACUACGGCGCCGAACUCAAGACUCUAAAGGAGAAUCAGAAGAACAAAGCCAAGGAGAGAAGAGAAGCUCGGAAAAUGAAGAAACCAGUGCGUGAAAUCAAUGUGAAAGACGAGAAGUUGUCCGACAUGUCUGAAAUGGAACAACAUCAGGUUCUUCAGUGUGCCAUGGUGACCUUUGACCUGAUGGACAGCCUGACAGUGAGGAUAGAGGAGCUGACUGAGGACAGGGUUGCACGAGAGCCCUGAUCCUUGACCUCUGAUAUGUACCAGCAGCUAGGUUACAGCACUGAACAAGCAGCAUCUCCAAAUUACAGUCAAUCAGAGAUAAACCACAAUGGGGUCUAGAAUAAUGUAU